CUUUAUAUUCAUGAGCACAGCACUUGCUAAACCUAAAAAACUAAAACUUACAGAUUAUGAAGUCUUUUAAACCUUGGGUACUGGUAAUAAAUAAAUAAAAUGUUGAAUUUUAGGUUCAUUUGGAAGAGUGAAACUGGCAAGGAAUAAACAAACUAAUAAAUAUGUUGCUUUGAAAAGUUUAAAAAAAGCAGAGAUCAUUAGACUUAAACAAGUUGAUCAUGUCAUUAAUGAAAACACUAUUUUAGGAAAUUUAUAACAUCCAUUUAUUGUAGAUUCUAUGAUCAUUCUUAGGUAACUUUUGAAGGCUUCUGUUAAGAUCCUAGAUAUCUCUAUUUAGUAUUAGAAUUCGUUUCUGGAGGUGAAUUAUUCACUUAUUUAAGAAGUAUUGGAAGACUUGAUACAUAACAUGCAGCGUAAUAUCUUGUAUUUAUUUCUAGAUUUUAUGGUGCCUAAGUUGCUUCAAUCUUUGAAUAUCUACAUUCUAAGAAUAUUAUUUAUAGAGAUCUUAAACCAGAGAACUUAUUAAUUGCAGAUGAUGGAUAUCUUAAAUUAACUGAUUUUGGUUUUGCUAAAGUUGUCGAAGGAAGAACUUAUACAUUAUGUGGAACUCCUGAAUAUUUAGCUCCUGAAAUUCUAUUGAAUAAAGGACAUGGAAAAGCUGUUGAUUGGUGGACUCUAGGAAUCUUAAUUUAUGAAAUGAAUGCUGGAAUUGAUCCUUUCUCUGAUGAAGAUCCUAUGGCUAUUUAUCAAAAAAUAUUAAAAGGUAAAGUUAAAUUUCCAAAAACAUUUGAUAAGUAAUUAUAUUAUUCUAUUCUCCUUAAAGGAAUGGAAAAUCGUUAGUCAAACAUUUACUUGUAGCUGAUCUUUCUAAAAGAUAUGGAAAUUUAAAAAAUGGUAUCAAUCUUAUUACUAAAUAUUAGGUGCUGCUGAUGUAAAAAAUCAUAGAUGGUUUGCAAAUCUAGAUUGGAAUCUUCUUACUUAAAAGAAAUUACCUGUUCCAUAUAAACCAGUUGUCAAGUAUCUAUUCUUAUACAUUUUUUAUAGAGCUCCUAAUGACACUUCCAAUUUUUCAUCCUAUCCAGAAUCAGAUACAUAAAGUCCUGCUCUUAAACCAGCAGACGAUCCCUUCUUAGAAUGGUGAUUAAUAGAGCAUUAUUCAUUAUCAUAAAUUCAAC